UUCGACAACAACAACACUACUACUCAAGAUGGCCCGCACCAAGCAAACCGCUCGCAAGUCCACCGGUGGCAAGGCGCCCCGCAAGCAGCUCGCCACCAAGGCCGCACGCAAGAGUGCGCCGGCGACCGGCGGUGUCAAGAAGCCCCACCGCUAUCGCCCGGGUACGGUCGCGCUCCGUGAGAUCCGUCGCUACCAAAAGUCGACCGAGCUCCUCAUUCGCAAGCUGCCCUUCCAGCGCCUUGUCCGCGAGAUCGCCCAGGACUUCAAAACGGACCUGCGCUUCCAGGGCUCGGCCGUCCUCGCUCUCCAGGAAGCCUCGGAGGCUUACCUCGUUGGCCUCUUUGAGGACACCAACUUGUGUGCGAUCCACGCCAAGCGUGUGACGAUCAUGCCCAAGGACAUCCAGCUCGCUCGCCGCAUCCGUGGCGAGCGCUCUUAA